AUGGCAUCAAUUGAAUCUUUGCUAACUCUCACGCUCGACCUGCCGCCGAGCUGUAUCGAGUUCUGGCCGCGCGACUCGCAGUACGCUGUUGUUGGCACAUACAACCUCGAGAAAGAAGACGGACAAGGAUUGUCAGAUCCUGCACAACAUGAGGGGCAAAAGAAGAGCCAGCAGCGCAACGGGAGCUUGAUACUGGUUCGUGUAAAAGGUGAUAGAGUCGAAAUCGUCCAGACACUUACAACACCAUCUGCAAUCUUAGAUGUACACUUUCUUCCACAAGAGGGCGCAGACUCCAUCUUCGGAGUGGCGACUUCAACAGGUUCGAUUGGUAUCUACCAGUUGGAUCAAGAAUCUGCUGGGGACAUCCCUGAAAUCAUCCUCCUUCAGACCAUCCAAUAUUUCCCCGAGAAUGAGCUGAUCACCGCUUUCUCAUGGCACCCAGAGCAGUCCGCCGUUGGCAUGACUCUCUCGACUGGAAAGGUAUGUCUCGGCAAAGUCGACUUGGAAAACCCAUCGCAUAUGGACGUUGGGCUCCACGAGCUGGAAGCCUGGACCCUUGCAUUCCUGCCAGAUGGAACGGGCAUUUACUCCGGAGGCGAUGAUAGCGCUCUGAAGUACAUGGAGCUACCACGUGAUCACCCCGACAGCAAAGAGGAAAUCGCCGGAGCAAACUACGCCCCUUCGUGGAUCAUGUCAUGGUCAGACAAGAAAGCCCACAGCGCCGGUGUCACCGCAAUCCUCCCACUCCACUCGGACAGCGCAAGCAGUUGGAUAGUCACCGGUAGCUACGACGAUCAUAUCCGCCUGAUCCACGCCCCUACCGUUGGCCGCCGGCAAGUGCAUGCUGAGAUGGACCUUGGAGGCGGAGUGUGGCGCUUGAAGGUUUUAGACAAGAAGUUGCCACGCCAAGCCGCAAUUAACUCGAGCGAAGCGACACAGCCGCCGGAAGAAGUACUCCUGCUGGUCAGCUGUAUGCAUGCUGGUGUGCGCAUUGUCAAGCUUGUUCGCGACGGCGAUGAUUGGUGUUUCAAGGUUCUGGCCAAGUUCGAGGAGCACAAGAGCAUGAACUAUGGAAGCGACUCGCAGGUUGGACUGAAUGCGAAGGGGCAGCGAACAUUCAUCUCUACGAGCUUUUAUGAUCGACUGCUAUGUCUCUGGAGAUAUUAGGGGAAGAAUAGUAGGC